UGUUGGCGAGCCUUUAGGGUGCAAGGGGUGUUCUAUGGAUGGCUAAGGAAAAGCUUAGUUGGCAUUGAUCCCUCCUUUCCAUAUAGACGUAGCUUACGUUAGGCAUCAAAUACUCUGUAAUGUAUCGUAAAUAGUGCGUGUUUGCAGAAGAUAGUGGAUGCAUGUUCAAUAAUGCGAUGAGGCCGAUGCACUUUGCAAGACUUGUGCUGCAGAGAGCCUCCGCAGAUCCCACGACCGGUUGCUGAAUCCGGGAGGAGAGAGAAGAGGCGCUUAAGAAGGAUAGUACUGCCUUGGACACGAGAGCCGGUGGUUUCUUCGCUGAGGAAAUCAUGCAGUUUGCAAUCUGGCUGGUUGGACUAAUGUGUCAUCUGUCAGCACUUGUCCGCAACUCCUUGGAAUAUCGAUUGCAUCCGAAACAAGAAAGUUUCAUCAAAAAGUUGUCAUCCUAUGAAAUUAUCACCCCGUUGCGGAUAAAUGAUUUCGGAGAAUCAUUCCCCCACAAAUUGCACUACAAAAGGAAACGGAGAAGUGUAAAUGCAGAUUAUUCGGCUGGUUUACGUGCUCACUACAGAAUUGACGCAUUCGGACAACGCUUUCAUCUCAAUCUAACCGCCGACUCCGGUUUUAUCGCCCCCACAUACACUGUGACACAUUUGGGAGCGGAACACAGCAAUGCAACCGAGUCCCGCCAACAAGACCUCAGCGAUAUGCGUCACUGCUUUUUCCGCGGACACAUCAACGCCAAGAUUGAAUCUACCGCUGUCUUCAGUCUAUGCAGUGGCCUUAUGGGAACUUUUACCACCCAGCAUGGUGAAUACUUCUUAGAGCCCCUGAUGAAGGCGGAGGAGGGGGAGGAGUACGACGAGGAGCACAACAAACCUCACCUCGUCUACAGACAGGACAGGAAGAGGAGAGAGAGUCCUGCCAGUGAACCCACACAACCCUGCUCAGCUUCAGGGGAAGGAUCGGAAAGGCCAGUUGUCAAUUUUCAGAGCAACAGGAGUAUGGUAGAAGAGCUGGAUUCCCUGAGAGACAGAAUGGGCAUCCACCACACAGGCUACGAGAUAGACCGCCACUCCACCACCUCCAACUCCUCAGACCCCCGUCAUAGAGCCCCGUCCAGGCAGAAGAGGUUCCUCUCGUACCCCCGCUACGUGGAACUGAUGCUGACUGCUGACGUCAAGAUGGCGCGCCACCACGGACACAACCUCGAGCACUACAUCCUAACAAUCAUGUCAGUAGUUGCUGCGGUCUACAGGGACCCUAGUGUAGGAAACCUCAUCAACAUCAUGAUUGUCAAGCUGGUUGUCAUCCACAAUGAACAGGAUGGACCCUCAAUAAAUUUCAAUGCUGCUACUACCCUCCACAACUUCUGUGUCUGGCAACAGACUCAAAAUGUCCAGGAUGACAGUCACCCUUCCCACCAUGACACUGCACUCCUGAUCACCAGGGAAGACAUCUGCCGAGCUAAAGACAAGUGUGAUACAUUGGGGCUGGCGGAGCUGGGGACCAUGUGUGACCCGUACCGGAGCUGCUCCAUCAGCGAAGAGAACGGACUCAGCGCCUCCUUCACCAUCGCUCACGAGCUGGGCCAUGUGUUCAACAUGCCCCAUGAUGACAACCCCAAAUGCAGGGAGGCAGGCAUAAAGCACCAGUAUCACGUCAUGGCGCCCACCCUCAACUACGACACUAGUCCCUGGUCCUGGUCCAAGUGCAGCCGCAAGUACAUCACUGAGUUUCUGGACACAGGGUACGGAGAGUGCCUGUUGGACGAGCCAGUGAGCAGGACGUACGAGCUACCCAACCACCUCCCUGGUCAGAUCUACAAUGCCAACCGACAGUGUGAGCUCAUGUUUGGUCCCGGAUCCAUGGUCUGCCCUUACAUGAAACAGUGCAAGAGGCUUUGGUGUACGAGUGCUGAGGGGGGCCAUAAAGGGUGUCGGACACAGCACAUGCCCUUGGCUGAUGGGACAGACUGUGGACAUGGAAUGCACUGCAGACAUGGGAAGUGUGUGAACAAGGAGCUGGACCUGCGGCCGGUCCAUGGGGAGUGGGGCCCCUGGGGGCACUACAGUGUCUGUUCCAGGACCUGUGGAGGAGGCACCAGGAGUACCUCCAGAGACUGCAACAACCCUGAGCCCCGGAAUGGAGGAAAGUUCUGCGUGGGUCGAAGGAUGAAGUUCCGGUCCUGCAACACUGAGCCGUGUCCCCGAGGACGGAGAGACUUCCGCGAGGAGCAGUGCUCUCAGUUCGACGGCAAGCACUUCAACAUCAACGGUCUACCUCCCACCGUCCGCUGGGUGCCCAAGUACAGUGGUAUUCUAAUGAAGGAUCGGUGCAAGCUCUUCUGUCGGGUUGCUGGGACGAUGGCCUACUAUCAGUUGAAGGAUCGUGUCAUCGACGGCACGCCGUGUGGCCCAGACACCUACGAUAUCUGUGUUCAAGGCCUCUGUCGGCAAGCAGGCUGUGAUCAUGUGUUGAACUCCAAGGCGAAAAAUGACAAGUGUGGAGUGUGUGGAGGGGACAACUCCUCCUGCAAAACCCUUGCUGGGACCUUCAACGAUGCUGAGUAUGGUUACAACACAGUGGUCGGGAUCCCUGCAGGAGCCACCAACAUUGAUUUAAACAGGUCAAGCUACUCUUGGGAUAAGUCGGGUGAUGACAACUACCUGGCUUUAUCUGACAGUCAUUCUAACUUUCUCCUGAAUGGGAACUUUGUGGUGGCCAUGUUCAAAAGGGAAAUCCCCUUCAAGGGAACCGUCAUUGAGUACAGCGGCUCAGACACCAAAGAGGAGCGCAUCAACUGCACUGAACGUGUUGAGGAGGAACUCAUCCUACAGGUCCUGUGUGUGGGGAACCUGUACAACCCAGAUGUGCGCUACUCCUUCAACAUCCCCAUCGAGGAGCACAGGGAACAGUUUGUGUGGGACCCCUCAGGCUCUUGGCUGGAUUGUAGCCGCAUGUGUCAGGGUGAACGACAGCGCAAGGCGGUAUGUGUGAGGAAGAGUGACCACCUGGGGGUUUCUGACCAGCGCUGUGAGCCUCUACCCCGUCCCAACGCUGCCACUGAGCCAUGUAACACUGACUGUGAACUCAGGUGGAAUGUAGCAGGGAAGAGUGAAUGUUCUGCUAAGUGUGGCCCUGGCUACCGGACCAUGGACGUGCAGUGUAUGAGGUACAGCUUGCUGAAGAGGCAGAGUGAGAGGGUGGAGGGGAGGGCCUGUUCUGACCUACCUAAACCCCAGGCCAGAGAGGCCUGCCACGGGGACUGUCUGCUCCAGAGCUGGCAGUACAGCGCCUGGUCCCAGUGUUCUAAGACGUGUGGUGGUGGGGCCCGCACCAGGGACUCUUACUGUAUGAACAAUCUGGGGAGGAGACUGGUGGACAGGGAGUGCAGUGACUACCAGAGAAUGAUCGAGGAGAGCUGCAACGACCAGGCCUGCCCUGACUGGUCAGUCAGCGAGUGGAGUGAGUGCUUGGUGACGUGUGGGAAGGGGAUGAGACACAGGCAGGUAUCCUGUAGUGUGGGGGUAGGAGAGGAGAAUCUGAGUGAACACUUCUGUGACCCCAACACCAAGCCUCUAGCCGUGGGGAGCUGUGAGCUGCCAGAUUGUGCCUCCUGGCAGGUCGGAGUCUGGGGACCGUGUGCAGUGACGUGUGGCCAUGGUUACCAGAUGCGGGCUGUGAGGUGUGUGUCAGGGUUGUAUGGGGACACGGUGGAUGACAGGAAGUGUAACGCAGCAUCCAGACCCAGGGACAGCCAGGACUGUGAGGUGGCACCGUGUCCCUGGGCCUCUCCUCAACACAGCACCGUCCGCCCUGACACCUCUGGUCAGCUCCUCACACAGUGGAGAUAUGGCUCCUGGACCACAUGCUCUGUCUCCUGUGGGAAGGGGAAGCGUGCCCGCUAUGUCAGCUGUCGGGACGCCCAGGGUGGAGUGGCAGACGAGUCCUACUGUGCUCAUCUCCCCCGGCCCCCAGAAUCCUCAGCCUGCUUCAGCUCGUGUGGCCAGUGGAGUUCCUGGGAGUGGUCUCCUUGUUCAGUGACGUGUGGUGUGGGCCGGGCCACCAGGCAGGUGGAAUGCAGUAACUACCACCACCAGGUGGAUGAGUCAUUCUGCGACCAGGACGAGAGGCCCAGCACAGAGCACGAGUGUACGGCCACCCCCUGCCCCUCCGUGUACCACCAGAGGCCCAAUGACCAGCCCUACAGCCCCCACAACCCUGCCAGCCACCCGGGCCACAGCAGUUGGAACGUUCCCUCGGCAGACAACCAGUGGAGGACGGGACCCUGGGGAGGAUGCUCCAGUACGUGUGCAGGGGGCUUCCAGAGGAGGGUGGUUGUGUGUCAGGAUGCGGAGGGUCGCAGCACCAGCCACUGUGACCAGAGGGUCAAACCUGCAGAGUCCAAGAGCUGCGACUCAGGACCCUGCCCUCUGUGGAACUACGGCAUCUGGGGAGAGUGCACCCAGACGUGUGGCGGAGGCAGGAGGACGCGCCAGGUGGUGUGCGAGCGGCCCAACGGACAGAGACUCAAUGACCACAACUGUGACGUCCUGGAUAAGCCUCCUGACAUGGAGCAGUGCAGCCUGUACCUGUGCCCGGGCAGCACAUCCUGGCACCGCCGACCAUGGAAGCCGUGUUCUGUGAGCUGUGGCCGGGGGACCAAGCAGCGGGAGAUAACCUGUGUUUACCAAAACCAGAACCAAACCCAAAUAGAGGAAGAGCACUGCAUUCAUCUGUCACGUCCCCGGACACAGAAGGCCUGCCGAGCCCAGGGAUGCCCCAGCUGGAAGGCCAACAGGUGGAGCAAGUGCUCUGCCACCUGUGGAGUGGGGGUCCAGAACAGAGAUGUGUACUGCAGACUGAAGGGUACAGGGCGGGUGAGAGAGGAGCUGUGUGGUUCCCACAACCGUCCGGCCGCUGCGCAGCCCUGCCAGGCUACUGAGUGUCUCCAUCACACCUGGGCAGCUGGAGAGUGGCAAGAUUGUAACGCCACCUGUGGAGAAGGUAUGAGGAACAGGAAGGUUCUGUGUGUGGGGGCCGGGCUGACCCCAGUCCAGGACGCCCUCUGUGAUCCCUCGUCUUGCCCUGCCCUGCACCAGCCCUGCAGCAGAGCACCCUGCUACCACAUGUGGAUAACAGGAGAGUGGUCACAGUGCUCUGCUAGCUGUGGCCUCGGCUACCAGCAGCGUAUAGUGUCCUGCUCCAUGAAGCCCUCCUCCACCCUGCACCCUAAUGAUGCCCAGUCCUCCGCCCUGUCCCCCCUCACUGUCCAGAGCCUCACCCACCUAGCACCAGGCAGUGCCUCCUUUGGGACUGCCCACAAGCUGCCUACUGGAAAGUUGGCCCAUGGAGCAAAGUGUAACGCCACCUGUGGAGAAGGUAUGAGGAACAGGAAGGUUCUGUGUGUGGGGGCCGGGCUGACCCCAGUCCAGGACGCCCUCUGUGAUCCCUCGUCUUGCCCUGCCCUGCACCAGCCCUGCAGCAGAGCACCCUGCUACCACAUGUGGAUAACAGGAGAGUGGUCACAGUGCUCUGCUAGCUGUGGCCUCGGCUACCAGCAGCGUAUAGUGUCCUGCUCCAUGAAGCCCUCCUCCACCCUGCACCCUAAUGAUGCCCAGUCCUCCGCCCUGUCCCGCCCUCACUGUCCAGAGCCUCACCCACCUAGCACCAGGCAGUGCCUCCUUUGGGACUGCCCACAAGCUGCCUACUGGAAAGUUGGCCCAUGGAGCAAGUGCUCCCAGACGUGUGGAGCGGGGGUAAUGGAGCGCAGGGUAGAGUGUCUGUUCUCUAAAGGCCAACCGUCCAAACACUGCCGUCCAGCCGAGAGGCCCGAGUCACAGGCCACCUGUCGAGAGAGAGAGUGUCAGUUGUUGACAUCCUGCAGAGAGGUCCAGAUGAUACAGGGGGUGAGGAUGGAUGGGGAGUACUAYCUGAAAGUCAAGUCCAGGAUACUACAGAUCUACUGUGCUGAGAUGCAGACUGAUUUCCCUAAGGAAUAUGUUACGCUGCGGAGUGGUCAGACAGACAACUACUCAGAGGUCUAUGGAUACAGGUUGCUGAAUCCUUUUGAUUGCCCCUACAACGACAGCAGAAGGCAGGACUGUGACUGCAGGAACGAUUACUCUGCAGCGGGAUACACUCUCUUCCAUAAGGUCCGUCUGGACAUCAGCUCACUGAGGAUAAUGACCACAGACCUGAAGUUUUCUCAGACCCUGUUUGGUCGUCCCGUCCCCUUCGCCACAGCAGGAGACUGCUACAGUGCUGCCAAGUGUCCUCAGGGCCAGUUUAGCAUCAACCUCAUAGGGACUGGUCUGAAGGUGGCUGAGGCAACCAAGUGGACCUCACAGGGCAACUAUGUCUCUGUCAAAGUCCACAGAUCAGAGGAUGGGGCAAGAAUCUAUGGUCGUUGUGGUGGGUUCUGUGGGAAGUGCAUUCCCCAGCCUCACAACAGCCUGCUGGUUUAUGUCCAGUGAUGGUCAGGUACCAAACCUCAACCCAACCAUCUCCCAAUGGUCUCCCAACGGUCUCUCAACGUUCUCCUAAAAUCAGACCAGGAAGUGAAACCAGAGCGUCUGGGGAUCCAAUGCACUUAAUUUGUGAAGGUUGCCAUCCCUUUCCUCCCUUCAUCACUAGGGUUUAAUGACAGGAACCUAGUUACCAAGAUUUACCGCCCAAAACCACUCCCUUUUCCCGGGAAAAAUAACUGCGAGAAACCGGUAAAUUAUAAUAAAAAUUAUUUAUAUCAACAGCAUGGCGUGAAAUGGAACUGUUAAAUKAUAUGCGAUGUCUAAAUCUGGUUUCUCUACGGCCUUCUCUCUGCUCUCUGCGUGAUCAAUCAUCAAUGCUCAUGGUGGGGACAAACAGCCCAUCUCAGUAUGGAGCACAGUUCACAAUGCGUGUAGACCUAUCAUCUCAUCACGAUAACUUUUUUUCUUGUGAUAGGUAGGCCUACAUUUUCUGCAGCAUAGCCUAUUCUACAGUAAUAUAAGGAUCGAAUGCGCAUCUAAUUUACAUAUCACCAUUGUGCUUUCGGGCAUCACCAUAUUUGUUUUUAUUGUUUUUAUUAUUGCAGCUGCAGAGUUUUAAAACAGCCUAUCACUCGAAUAUUGUUGAUUUAAAUCCAAGCAUGUGCAAACAGUCUCUCUCUCCUUCAAUUCCAUUCAAAUUGCAAAAUAAAUAAUAAUCUUCAAGAUAGAUAUAUAUAGCUAUAAAGGGUCCUUCAGCAGAACCAAUAACUCUGAAGAUGAGCUACGUCUGUUACGUCUGACCUCACUAGUGUUUGUAAUUGUAAUGGUAACCAAAUACCUCUGUGCAUUGGAAUAUCGAAAGCAGACUGUCAGACAAUCUCACAUAUUCCAGCAUUGUAGAGUCGCAUAAAGGGACACAAUCAUAUUUUGGGGCCGGAAGAAUCCUCUCAUGGUUUCAAGAGCUUACUCAUCUCAUAAGGGUAAAAUGUUCUUAUGGAACUCUGAAAGGAAACAUGAAUAAGUCAUUAUAGAACUGGUACAACUAUUUACAUUUUUAUACAAAAAAGACAACUUUUUGUUGGGUAAAUGGAACAUCUCAAUAAAUAUUUGAAUUGUAUUAACUUA